GUCAACAGUAUAGUCGUGUGUUCCGGUCGCUGUGUGUUAGUGUUUGUCUCGUCACACUUUGGGAGACAUGGCAGCAAAGAUGCAGCGACUCAAUGAGUCGGUGGUGAUCCGCAGCCUCCGGAGCUUCAGAAACACUUACCUCACAAACAGCAGAGCAGCGGGGAGCGGCGACGGGACAGCAGGUGGACAUCCGGGGGACGAGGAGGAACACCCGGGGCUGUUGGACAGUUUACCGGUGGACCUGCAGUUCCUCAUCAUGACCCUCCUGUCUCCUGCGGACAUCUGCCGACUGGGAGCCACCAGUCGCUACUGGAGGGACCUGGUUAGAGAUCCAAUACUCUGGAGGUAUUUCCUGCUCAGGGACAUGCCAUACUGGUCCUCCAUUGAUCAUUUGACGAUGCCCCGGCUGGAGAUAUUGAAUGCACCGGUAAUCAAUGAAGAUGAGAGCCUGGUUGAAGGAGAGGACGAAGGGAUGGAAUCAAAAUGUGACUACAUGUCAGAAUACCUGAGAGCUUGUCCAUUCUGCAGACACCAAUGGCUUCCUUCACGACCAGCGUACGAGCGAUUGACCUCAUUUCUUCAGUCUCUGGUGCCCUUGUCUGAGCCGCGUUAUGCCAUGUUUGGCCCCGGCAUGGAGCAGCUGGAUGUUUCUUUAGUCACGCGGCUCAUGCUCGCCCCAGAUGUGCUUCCUGUGUCGGGCACGCCGCACAGACAGAUUAACGGGAUCGGCUCAGGGAUCAGUUACAUCUUCAACAACCAACACAGAUUUAAUAUCCUCACUCUGUACUCAACCAAUAGGGCAGAGAGAGAACGAGCCAGAUUGCAGCAGCAGAGCAUCACUAAUAAACUUUUUACCACAGAUGGAACAGAUGAGUCAGGUUGCCCCAUCUACAGCCCCACCCCUCAGGUCCAACAAGUGUGCCAGGUGGUGGAUGGGUUCAUCUAUGUCGCCAACGCAGAGCCAGGGAGAGACGGGGGGAGUUCUGAGGUGGCUCAGAUCCAGGCUGUGCUGAGCCAAGCCAGGGGCUCCACAUCCAGGCCUCUGCUGGUGCUCUCCUGUGUCUCCAGAGAAGACCCGGAAGCGUUUGGCGCCACAAGCCAGCCGAGUAGUGCACACAGGAACAAGGCCAGGCAUCGAACUCCCUGUGUGGAGAUGGCAAAAAGACUCAGCCUACAUCCAGUGGCCAACCCCUGGAUGGUGCAGGAUACAGUGGCAGAAUCCCUGUCAGGGCUCCUGGAUGGCAUUUCCUGGCUGCUGAGAUGUUCUGGAGUCAAACUGUCUGGUAGUAGCUAGUUCCCUCAACUCCUGUGGCAUCGAGAUGGAUUAAAAACACAGACCUGACGGCUGCAUUAUCCCGACUCCAAAACAAACUGCGGCAGUUCCUGAUAAAUGUGCACCACAUGUACACUGAGUGUCUCAAGGCUGGAGCGCUGCCCGUGGAGUCUAAUGAAUUGGAUGUGCAACAGAAGAGACUGACUAUUAUUCAUCUGGAAGACCUGACAGAGACUCAGUUCUUCAUAAUAGUAAUAAUAAACUUAAUUUAUAUAGCACAAAACAACCACUACAAAGUGCUUCACAAACAAGAACAAGCAAUGGAACAAGAAAGACAGCAGGGAACAAUUAUAGCCGGCACACAAAGCGGUUUGAUGUAAUGGCAAAAUAAUAGAGAGAAUGAGAGACAUGGGAGAAACAGAUAAAAUACAUAACAAAAAUUAUUGAGUAAAAAGCUUAAAGUGAAAACAAUAAUUUAAAAAAGUAGAUACAAUAUUUUGAGUUAGAGUUGCAGUGGCAGGCAGUGAAGUUUCUUGCCUAUAGGUUCUCCUGGUAGGUGGUGGUAUAAAUAUAAAUUACAGUAAGAAAGAAAAUGAAAGUAACUCCACAAACUGGUUUGUUUAACACUGUGUUCUGUGGAGCAGGAAGUGACAGAAGCGUUCAGUGUUUUGAAUGAAAGAACACAAUAGGUUUAAGGUUUAUUUAAUGUUUUUUUUGAAAAGAGACCAUUUACAUAAAUCAAGAUUAAUCCAAAUGUAGAUUUACAUGCUUAAGCUGAAAAGCCAAUUUUUAUCGGCAGUUCCUUUGCCAGAUUGUUAACCGUCAUCCUGCAGUGAUAAAAAAGGUGUAAACUCAGUUGUAGAAGUAGGAAAUGAAAGUGCUACAAGCUCGUAAAAACUCAUUUUUACAAUCACUGGUGAGCGGCUAACUCCUCAGGUGUUUAGUUUAUGAGAGUGUGCACAUUUUUUGCCAUGACAUUGUGCAAUACUCAUGAUGUAAUUACUUUAAUGAAUGGAAAUAUUUUAUUAUUAGUAAUAUUUUACUCUCGUCUUCUUUUUCUUUAUUGAAUUGAGCGUGUGCCAACAACCCUCCAGCUUUUAUAAUUUCAUACAAAACACACAGACUUUUGAUCAAUGAUUUCUUCUGACUUUUUCAAAAUAAAAGUUUAUU